AUGGCCCCGGCGCUAACUGUGACACCCCAAUAUAACCACUACGACGCCGUCGAAGAAACAGAGAAGCUAUCCCACCGAAGACGGGCCCUCGCGUCCGUCGAUAACGUUACUAUACCCAUGGAGGAAGACGAUAUGGGGCUUCAGAACCAACCCAGCCUGGCUAAGGACUCUCAGGAAAUGGAACAGAUCCUAGUAGAUUUAGGUAACAAUGACCUCGUUCAGGCUGAUUUACUACAAGCGAUCAAAACCUUGGAAAGUGGCGGCGACACCCUGUCUACAGGUGACCCAGAUGGUAUGUUCCCUUUGAGUGGUUUCGAUCUAGCUGAUACAGUCGAUUCAGAGAGCGAUGCUACAGAGGAUAAGAUAAGAUUAAUACAAGCGCGUUUAGAACGCCGGUGUGCGUUCCUAUUGAGACGGCUAAGAAUAUUGCAAGCUAGAGCAAUUGGCAAAAGAAUAUCAGAGGAAGCGUCGCAGACUUUCGAAAAAUGUGCGAAGGGCGCUCGGAAAGAUGGCGGUGGUAGGCCGAUGGGGCUUAAAGCUCUAUUAAAAAGGAUAGAGACAACGGCUGCUUUACAAGCGAGUGCGGCAUCUCGGUCUGUGGUCGGUCCUAAGUAUUACCGAGCGGGCACUUCAAAAGGUGAUGCCUCAAGAUCUGCGUCUAUUGGAAUACCUUCCGGGACGUUGACCGGCUUGGAAGACUCUGCUGGUGCAUUAAGAUCACAUUUAUCAGUAGUUAAACAUCAAUUGGAUUCUGAUGCAACAGCUUCGUCAUCUGGAGCGGAGAGCAACGAUGAGGCAGUCACCUACAAUAACCCUCACCAGCAACCAAUGCCUAUCGAGAAGCGUGCGUUAUACUCGUGGCAGAAGGCGCGGGCUUCGAUCGCUGCUCGUUGGUGUUGGCUGCAGGUGCAAGUGCAGGAAUUGGAGUACAAGAUACGCCAGCACACAGAGCUACAUGCACAGGUCCGUGAAGCUAAAGGUCCGGUUGAAUUUGAAGUUACCGGCGAAUCCCAGUUUGAAGACACAUGUUCCAGAGUUAGACCUCUAAGAAGGGACACAUUUAAUAAGAGAAAAUUGCUACAGAUGCACAAUUUACAUAUAGCAACAAAUAAAGCAGCGAAACCAUCGGAUAUCAAUUGUCGUUGUGUGGGUAGUUCGUGUGCCGUGUGUACGGGGAGGUUCGAGGCCACGCAGCCGAUGGCUCCUAGUGGGAUGCUGCCACCUUCUGCAAGACGAGCGUUGGUCGAUCCCUCGCAUCACCCUGUACUGAGUGAUGUUAAUGAUCUUCGUCCGUCUGUUCAUCUAUCAGCGUUAACAUCACGCUCGUGGUUCAGAUCGAGAGUCACCAAGUCGUGGCGCGGAGCACAUACUGGUACAACACCGAGGGCGCCGCCCGCACCGCCGCCGAGACACAGGCGACUUACGACUAAAUUGAAAAGAGGCCGGCCACCUUUAUCACGUAAGAUAAGAGAAAGAGAGAGGGAUGAAGAUAGUGCUUCAGGACAAGAAAGGGGUCGAGGUCGAUCGAGUACUGAGAAUCGUUUGUGGCGGCGGCAGUCUUACGAUAUUGAUAACAUCGUUAUACCACAGAGCGUCGCCGCUAGCACUCGGCCGGAGAUACUCACCUAUAAAGAAAUUAUAACACCCAAAUGGAGGGUUAUGGAAAUACCAGAAACACCGCUCAACAAUGGUGUGUCGAAAUCUAAUAGGAUGUCUAUAGAGAGUGAUGACGAAGAUAUAUCAGAAGCAGCGGUACAAGCUCGUCAUACACGAGCCGAAACUAGAGAACGGAACAGAUAUCUACGUAAGAGAAGAUCUAGGAGACGUAAUACAGAAGAUGAGAAUAAUGAACCUAUACCUGAAGUAGUUGUUCGACAGGUUACACCACCACCACACGAGACAGUGCCACCAUAUUCCCCGAGGCAGUUCCCUCUCAAAGAUGAUCUCUAUCAAGACAUGUUAUCCAAAAUGCCUGAAGGUUAUCGACCUAUCAGCCCCGAAUUAGAUCCUGACAUAACAAUGGACGAUGAGACGAGUUCCCUAUCACCAUUAUCACCUUUGAACUUUGAAGGUGAUGAUCCCGAUGAUGAUGAAUGGAAUCCAAGCAAUGAAAAAUCUGAUAAAAGGAGAAGUACACUUAGAUAA